CCAGGUCUAUGGUGACAAGUGUAUACGAUUUCAUAACAGAAGAAAACAACAUGGGUGUUUUAUUUGCAAGUAUGCGUCGUUCUUUAUGUUUGUGGGUGUACGUCUUAAUUCUACCGCCAAGUGUAUCAGAUGCAACACUGGUUCUUUCUGGGUCUUCAUCUUAUGCAGUGUUAAACCAGCCAUUUACGUGUACAGUGUCACAGGCUGCUGGUCUUAGAAAUCUCAUAACAUUUUAUCAGAAAACAUCAUUUGAUUCAUUUGCUUCCCUAUAUCAGGAAGGGGCAUCUUGUUCUGUGUUUAACCCUCCAUCCUUACGAGGUUACACUGUAUCCUGUGGCAGUGGAACAAACAGCAGCUCGUCCACCACUAAGAAGUAUCAUCUGAGGAUCAACAGAACUGCAGAUCGUGAUGCUACAAACUGGUGGUGUGAUCUGAAUGCAGCUAGAACACGCAGCAACACAUUUAGCCUGCAGCUCAGCAAUGGUCCAGACUCUGUUACACUCAGUCAACCACCUCCUGGGUCUGUAGCAGAAGGAGACAGUUUGACUGUGGCGUGUGCUGCUAGCUGCAAUCCACCUUGUUCCUAUUCCUGGACUCUGGACAAUCAGCUCAUUUCACCAAACUCUCGGUUAACACUGACGAACAUCAACAGGAGUCAGACAGGGAAUGUGUACACGUGUACAGUGACCAACUCUCUUAUACCGAAAUCUAAAACUAAACAGUUGAUACUGACAGUAUUCUUUUCACCACGACUAGAUCACCGAGUUCCAUUCGAGGAUAGAUUUGUUACAGCUGUGGGUGGCGAUGUAACACUCACAUUAUCCGUGAUUGCCAAUCCUACACCCACAUUUACCUGGUACAGACUGAGUGAUGGGAAGAAAACGAUUCUUACACCUGAAAGUUCAACUACAUCUGAUGUAUCUGCUGUUGGAAGUCUCACAUUAACAAAUGUUCAGCAGAGAGAUUUUGGAAUCUAUCAAGUUGUUGUGUCUAAUGGAUCUCCACGACCACAUUUGGUGGUGAACAUUACACUUGUUGAAGAAGGUCCUCCGAGUGUUCCCUCUAACGUCGUUGUAUGGAGUGGCAUUCCAUCUUCCUUAUCCGUGGCAUGGAUAGAGGAAUUCAAUGGAGGAUUACCUCAGACAUUCCUAGUACAGCACCGGGUACAUACUGCAUUAGAAUGGACAAACGUCACUGGACUGUUCAAAGAAACAGGUCUCAAGACAGUCCACGGAGCUUCAAUAUCGAAUCUGCAGCCACAGACGAGAUACCUUGUGCGAGUUUCGGCUUAUAACAGAGAGGGACACAAAGGAUUCACACCAGAACAGGAGGUUCUCACUGACGGACGCACAAAUGAAAAAGACAACUUACUUGGAACAGGCAUUGGUAUUGGCAUAGGAAUAAUGAUAGGGCUAUGUCUUUUUAUUAGUGGAAUCGUAUUCACUUACUGGUGGAUGAGAAAAGCCAAACCGGAGCAGUCACACGCCAAAAGGCAGCCCAACACUGCGGUGCAAGAGACUGCUCUCUAUGAAGACAUGGAACAAACUCGAGGUGAUGGAUCAAGUACUCCGGCAAAUGCAUCCAGUAAUUAUUCCUCACUGGAAGCCAGGAGAGACGCACCAUACGAUGUGCUCAGAGUUUAUGACAAUACAUCGGAGGUCAAAGAAUGACCGCCAUAUAUUUGAAGGAUCUCACACAUACUCGAAUUGAGGCCUGCAUCUGUAACCUUUUUAUGACAUAUUUUACUUCAUCAUCACCAUCAGCAUCAUCAUCAUCAUCAUCAUCAUCAUCAUCAUCAUCAUCAUCAUCAUCAUCAUCACCACCACCACCAUCAUUUAACACAUAUAUGCAUGCUUGUGUAGAAGCCGACAUUAUAUCCACUUAAGCGUUACUUCACCAUAAUCAUCACCAUAAUAAUCAUCAUUGUCGUCGUCAUCAUUAUCAUGGUCAUCAGCAUCAUCAUUGUCGAUAUCACUGACAUGCUUGCGUUAAACUUGACAUCUUGUAAAGAUUUUGUAUAGCGUGCUUUAAUUCUUUAAGAGCAGCAAGAAUAGACCUUUGAUAUCGCCAAUGAUUUGUUACUUGAGGACAACUCCACGAAUUGUGUACUGACUUGAUUCGAACGUGCAUGUGUACUGGACUGGUGUACAUUGCAUUUAACAGCGCGUCGCGUUAACCUUGUGUGUUAAUGUGAUACCCGCCGGUUUACACCAAUGACUGAGGUAAACCUAUCGUUAUAAGGACUUAACUGCUGCAUUCACGUCAUUGCUACCCUUUGUCCUCAUUGCUGCAGGUGAUUGUUAUCUAUACACUACUAUAGCUUUGACAUACGUGACUGGCGGACUGUGAAGAAUGUUAGUUGAGAGCAAACGUGCUGUAUUCACCCGACGUAUUUACCCGAGGUAUUCUAUGUAAUAAAAUUAUGCACAUGUUUCUGUA